CUUUUGCUAUGGUUUUCCCCCAAAAAUACAUAUGUGUAUGUAUGUGCGAGUGUUUGUACACAAAGAAAAUCUCGACUAUAAAAGCGCAUCCCGACUCAAAAGAAAUCAUUGUCAUUGUACCUUCUUCAAGAUGAAGUUAUAUGGAUUCUUCGCUGUUUUGUUAGCCCUAUUGGCUUUAGCAAUUGCAAGCCCAAAUCCUCUGCCGAAUCCUGAGCCUGUGCCCGGAGGCGGUGGCGGUGGUGGAGGUGGCGGUGGGCAGUUUGGAGGCGGCGGCGGUGGCGGUGGUGGUGGUGGUGGCAAGUAAACUGACCACAUUUUUUUUUAUGAACAUAAACAUUACUGUAAGAAAUUCUCAACUUUAAUUAUUAAACAAGAAAAUAAAAAACAUUGAAAAGUA